GGGGAGCGCGUUCCCGAUACGGAGCGGGCAGCGGCCACGUAGCUGCGCGGCGCCGGGAGCGCGCACGGAAGGGGGUCGCUCGGUGUAGUGACGUGAACAGCGGAGGAGGAAGCCGAGGCCAGGAAGGAAGCUUCCCGGGAGCCAUGGACCGAGAAACCCCGGGAGGGCGGAUAAAGAUUUGUAAAGAUGUCAACAUAUAGACGUACCCUCUGAUCAGUAACGUUACCUGUGCUUGAAGGACCGUUCCGUACAUCACACAAGCCUUCCCCAGCAAGCUCUUCGUAAACCCCACACUAAACAUCUAUUAUUUGGACAGAAAUGCUGCGGCCCUCAAAUCUCCAGCCUGACCCGAUGGGGCAGGCAGCCAAUUCCUGCCAAAAAAUGUUGGACGCUCGCCCGCCAGACGUUUCAGGAAUGGGACUUGAAGACCCGUGCCGGGUCAAUAUUCCGCCUACGUUUUACCACAGUGCAAACCAAGAGAUUGACUUAUCGAACAAGACGUUCAAGCGAGAGUCUGGCGAUCCGUACUCCGUGCUAAUGGACACUAAGAUAGGAAAACCGCAUCUCCUUGAAUCGGAGCAGCAAACGUAUUUUCGGGACAGCAAGCCAAGCAAUGAAAUCCGGGCAGUAAAAGGUGAAAGGCAGAACUCUGGAGAGUCUGAGGAUGAAGAUGACGAUGAUGACGAGGAAGAUGAGGAUGAAGAUGAUGAGGAUGAUGGUAAUUACAAGAGGGAACAGAUAAUUGUAGAAGUGAACCUUAACAACCAAACCUUGAACGUCUCCAAGGGGGAUAAAGGUGUGCCCAAAGAGUCUUCUCAUAUGAAGACCAGCAGCGAUGAGGAAGGAGGAGAUUCCGGAGAUGAUGAACAAGACAGCCACGACGAUGACGAGAAUGAGUCUCUCACAAUGGAUAAUCAGGCCAAUAUGGAGCAUCCAAACCAGGAGCCAAAAACCGAAGCUUCGGCGAUGUUAGCUGGGGAUGGAACCGCGCCUGCCAACGCGAAUAACGAACAAGGCAAGAGUGCGGAGGCUCCAAAGAGGAAGAAGAAGACUCCUAAAGAACCCAAGUCUCCCAACGAUAAGGGCAAGGGUGAUGAGAAGGAGACGCUCACCUGCGAUAAGUGUCCUCGGGUCUUCAACACGCGCUGGUAUCUGGAGAAGCAUAUGAACGUCACGCAUCGAAGGAUGCAAAUCUGCGACAAGUGUGGCAAGAAAUUUGUGCUGGAGAGCGAGUUGUCCCUUCAUCUGCAGACUGACUGUGAGAAGAACAUACAGUGCAUUACGUGCAACAAGACGUUUAAGAAACUCUGGUCCCUUCAUGAGCACAUCAAGAUUGUUCAUGGCUACGCCGAGAAGAAAUUCUCAUGUGAAAUCUGCGAGAAGAAAUUCUACACGAUGGCGCAUGUCCGCAAGCAUCUGGUUGCUCACACGAAAGACAUGCCCUUCACGUGUGAAACAUGCGGGAAAUCCUUUAAGAGGAGCAUGUCCCUGAAGGUCCACUCCCUGCAGCAUUCUGGAGAAAAGCCGUUCCGAUGCGAGAACUGCGAUGAACGGUUUCAGUAUAAGUAUCAGCUGCGCUCGCACAUGAGCAUUCACAUCGGGCACAAGCAGUUUAUGUGCCAGUGGUGCGGCAAGGACUUCAACAUGAAGCAGUACUUUGACGAGCACAUGAAAACACACACUGGAGAGAAACCCUUCAUCUGUGAAAUAUGCGGGAAGAGCUUCACCAGCCGCCCCAACAUGAAGCGUCAUCGUCGGACCCAUACGGGCGAGAAGCCUUAUCCUUGCGAUGUGUGUGGCAUGCGCUUCCGCUUCUCAAACAUGUUAAAGGCGCACAAAGAGAAGUGCUUCCGGGUCACCAGCCCCGUGGGUGUCCCUCCUUCCUUGCAGAUCACGCUCUCCAAUCCCUCACAAGGUGUCAACAGCCUCCCACCAACUCAUGUCCCACCAAGCAGUCCUACACCUCCACUGAACCUCAAUGCCCUAAGCUCUCUGCCACCUCGUCCCAUUCCACAUCCAUUCUCUCACCUGCACCUGCAUCCGCACUCCCACCCGCACCACCUGGCAGUACCUCCCGUCCCCCACCUGCCACCACCUCCCGCGCUCUUCAAGAGCGAGGCUCUGAACCACCGGGGACAGAAUGACGACAGUUUUCUUCGACACUUGGCUGAAAAGGCCAGCGCCAGCCAGCAUCAUUAAUGGAAGUGCCAGUCUCCAGGUAGAAGUGCCAGCCUUCACGGGGAAUGUGGCCCCACAACGGAUCGGAUCGAGCAACGAAUACUCUGGCUAGGCCGCCACUCCACCAGAUGCCCUUAUUGCUGACGUAGUGCAUUAAAGGGUUAAAAAGGGGGGCGUCUUUUGGUAAAUGACUGUAGCUUAGCGAGGCGCUGCUCCGGUGGGGGGUAGUAGACUCGGAGUUGCAACGUAAGCAUUAUUUUAACCUAUUAAACGCCAAGGAAGUGACAUUUGGUCUCAUCCUGCGGGUGGCACCGCUGUGCGGGCAUGUGACCAGCACACACUACUCCUGUAUCCGCGGGUGCGCUGGCCCUGUCCAUAAACAAAGAGUUAAACGA